AACUUCCCGUUGGUUCAGGUUCCCAAGGUUUUCCAUAAUUGUUAUCCAAUUUGGAUGCCAUAAUUUUAAGCAAGAAGUGAUGUUCAAAUCUAAACAAAGAUAGUUUCACAUUUUAGGAGCACAUUCAUGUCAUUCGGAAUUAAUCUAGUUUAGCCUUUUAAACACCAUGUCUUAAAUUAUAAUCAAUAUUCCCAUACCUACCUAUUUUUAGUAACAAUUCCAACACAUGUCUUGCUUUGACUAUGUCCAUGUUAUGGCAUAUUGGUCGUCAUGGAUUUCUUAUCAAAUGUAUAAUCCAAACAAUACCUUCCUGUCAAAAACACCAAAGAGUUCAUAUAUUUUUAAAACACAAAACAGGCUUCAAAGAUAACACCACAUCAUCAGUAUGGAACUUGAAUAUAUCAAAGCUGUUUCUUUGUAUCGUCGAAGAUCCUAUGAAAAUUGCAUCGAAGUAUGCAAUGCCAUACUUCAAAAGGGCCACGAAAAUAAUAUUCCAAUGUUUUCGAACAAUGACGACGAUGACACCAAAAGCAUCAAUAGCCGAAGUAGUAGCAACUUAAGUUCCAGAGAAACAUCAGACAAGAAAAAACAAACCACUUCAAUAAUGCCCACCUGGAUGAUGGAAGGAAUUUGGCAAUUAAAAAUGCGUGCCCUCACUCAGAGGAUUUUUGUGGAUGACCUGGAGGCAAACGAUGAUAUCAGUGCAGAGAAUGAGGAAGUUGAAUAUGAACGUAUUGCAACGGCUGCCAGGCCAGGAACCUCACUCAAGACUGCAUUUGUACCAAGACCAGGUAGCAGUUUAAUGGUUGGUGGAAUGCGACCAUCAACGCAUUUAGUAUCGCGACCAACAUCGGGCAUAGCACGACCAGGAACGGCUUCAGCUCGUCCGGGUUCUUCGCUUGCUGGUCGUCCUUCAUCGCGUUGUGGAACUGCAAGGCGAGUUCGUGUUACCUCAGCGGCUGUGUUUAGUUUAGGUGACCUUACAACUGCCUUAUAUCAAGCCUCCCGAAUGAAUCCGACCAUUUAUGCGGAACGAAAAAACAUAAUCAAAGCCCUAUUUCAGUUCCUCUUCUAUCAUGAGGGUGAACCUUCAAAGGCUCUUAGUCUAUGCGAGGCUGUUUUCGAUGCGCAGAGGCAAAAUGUCGAUUGGUGGUGGGAACAACAACGAGGACGUUGUCUGAUUGCUUUGAAUCAUCCCAAGAAGGCAGAGGCGUAUCUGCUGCGUUCAUUGAGUAUCCUUCCACAUCCGGACACAUAUUUGCUGCUGUCAAAAAUGUACCAAAAACUAGAUCAACUCGAACAAGCUUUGCAGUUAGUUUGUAGUGCUACGGAUAAAUGUUCAUAUGAUAUUGCAUUAAGGACAGAAAAAGGACGACUCUAUGAAUUAAUGGAAAAGACCGAGGAAUCAGUGGAAGUCUAUAGAAUAAUUGCCAAAAUGAAUCCGAUCAAUGUUGAGGCAUUGGCGAGUAUUGCAGUCAAUUAUUUUUAUGACAAUAAUCCGGAAAUGGCAUUGAUGUAUUAUAGACGAAUUUUAUCAAUGGGAGCUCAUAACGCAGAAUUAUAUUGCAAUAUAGCUUUGUGUUGUUUGUAUGGGGGUCAAAUUGAUUUGGUCCUGCCAUGUUUCCAGAGAGCUUUGAUGUUGGCUACAACGCCGGAUCAACGUUCAGAUAUUUGGUAUAACUUGAGUUUUGUUGGAAUUACCACUGGUGAUUUCAAUCUUGCUCGACGUUGUUUAAGACUUUGUCUGACAUCAGAUGCAACAAAUGGAGCUGCUUUAAAUAAUUUGGCAGUUUUGUCAGCACAUAGUGGAGACUUACCAAAAGCUAAGUCAUAUUUAUCAGCUGCUAAGGAAGUACUCGGGGAUUCGAUGGAAAUCAAAAGUAAUUUAAAUUACAUGGAAAAACAUUAUAAACUAUGAAUUAUUGUUAUUGUUAAAAUAAAUAAACGUUAGACUGUUGUUUUAAAAAAGGUGUUUUUU